GAAGGAAAGAAGAUCCUGGGGCAUGCGUGAAGACAUAAGGACAAAGCAGAAAGAGAAAGCCGGUUGUUUACUGAGCACUUGGUCAUCAUGACAUAUGAAACCCACAGUAACAGGAAGAGAUCAUCCACUCAAGAUCGGACACAGUGAAAAGAUUCAGCUGGCGAAUAUCGGGUGACUUCUCUUUGUGUUGGAUAUACUGCUAAGAUGUGGGCAUGUCUGAAAAACUUUUUUACUUAUGAAACCACCAAGUCAGUAGUCGUGAAGAGUUGGACUAUUGGCAUCAUCAACCGCGUCGUCCAAUUGCUCAUCAUCACUUACUUCGUUGGUUGGGUGUUUCUCUGUGAAAAGGCCUACCAGGUGAGAGACACAGCAAUCGAGUCCUCAGUGAUGACCAAAGUCAAAGGUUUUGGGAUCUACAAUAACAAGGUGAUGGAUGUGGCUGACUAUGUCACUCCCACACAGGGAGCUUCGGUUUUCUGCAUCAUUACUAAGUUGAUCACAACAGAGAAUCAAGUCCAAGGAUACUGCCCUGAGAGUGAGAAGAAGUAUAUUUGUACGGAUGAUGAAGGCUGCCAGCGGUCCCUCAACAAACCUGGAAGCUAUGGAAUCCUCACAGGCCGGUGUGUUCCUUUCAACGCUACCGUCAAGACAUGUGAGAUAAAAGGGUGGUGUCCUGCGGAGAUCGACACCAUCAAGACUACACCGAUGAUGGAGGUCGAGAAUUUUACCAUCUUCAUUAAGAACAGCAUACGUUUCCCAACUUUCAACUACACUAAAGGGAACUUCCUUCCUUCCAUCAAUCAAAGUUACAUCAAAUCCUGUAAUUUUGACAUGGUCAACAACACCUACUGCCCCAUAUUCAAAGUGGGGGAUGUUGUUCGCUACGCGCAACAGAAAUUCAUGGAUCUGGCAGACAAGGGUGGUGUGAUUGGAAUAAAGAUUGGCUGGAUGUGUGAUCUGGACAAGUCUGACGACCAGUGUAACCCCUCCUACUCAUUCACACGACUGGAUGCCAUGUCACAGAAGACUUCUGUUUCACCUGGCUACAAUUUCAGGUUUGCAAAAUACUAUAAGAUGGCGAAUGGGACCGACUACCGUACCCUUGUCAAAGCCUACGCUAUUAGGUUUGAUGUUCUGGUUAACGGAAAUGCAGGGAAGUUCAACAUGAUUCCCACGCUCAUAAACAUGGUGGCGGCAUUUACAUCAGUAGGAGUGGGAACUGUGCUAUGUGACAUCAUCCUGCUCAACUUCCUGAAAGGUGCGGAGCAGUACAAGGCCAAGAAAUUUGAAGAGGUGUCGGACAGCCCGCUGGAAUCCCAGACCAAAGGCUUCUAUCGUUCCCAGCUGUCACUGAGACAAUCAAACUUAAAGUCCAGUGACUCAGGUGCAUUUUCUAUUGAACAUUACUGCUGAAUAAGAAAUAACUUUGUUUUCAUUCUUGGUCUGUUUGCUAGCUAUUGCAGUCAGUUUUUAUUGGGUUCAAAAGAUUGUUUCUUCAGUUUAUAUCAUUCAAAACCGAAAGAGACUGAAACAAAAUCACAUGAAAUAAAUUCAACAAGUGCAUGAGUGACUUUGCAUGGUGACCUUUUAUGUUAGCAUGUGACAAUAACUCAGAUAUUGUCUGAGGUGUCUUUUAAAAACCAGAAAUGUAAAUGGCUUUCAUGUAGAAAAUAAAAAUUACAACAAUAA